UUGAUCAUGGACACUAACAAAUCAAGCAUCGUCUCCAAGCGAUCUGUCGAGAAGCUUUAUUACGGUGGCGAGCCCGAGUACUUUCGAUGUUUUGUUAGCAAAUUCAAGCGGAGAUCGCCACUCAUCAAUCGAGGCUACUGGUUGCGCAUGAAAGCCAUCGAACAUGGCGUAUCCCGAUUUCUUGCCGAGCAGACUGCGAAGCGAAAGGUGGUCGUCAACUUAGGCUGCGGCUACGACCCAUUGCCCUUUCUCUUUCUUGGCAAGCAACCAGUACUAUGUCAAGGCGCUACAUUCGUGGAUGUGGACUAUCCUGCUCUGAUGCAGAAUAAGGUCGGCAUCAUCCAGAAGACAGAGCAGCUCAAAAACAUUCUACCAAAAUUCACCGCUACUGCAAGGGAUGGGGGCUUGUUGGCGUCCAGCGACCCGUACGUGGCCAUUGGUUGCGACCUUGCAAAUAUUGAGCCCAUGAAGGAGAUUCUCAGAGAUCACUUGACCUUGGAAGGGAAGGAUGUAGCAAUCCUGUUCGUGUCAGAAGUGUCGACAGCUUACAUGGAACGAGAAGCCUCACAAUCAGUCUUCCACUGGUCAGCGACGUUCGACGAUGUCAGAUUCUGUCUUUUGGAACAGCAUCUCCCAGACGGUUCGGAUCAUCCAUUCGCAGCAACAAUGUUGGCGCAUUUCGAAAAGCUCAGAACGCCCUUGCGUGCAGUCGGGACCAUGGAACAGAUGAAGCUCCGAUUCGUCGCAGCUGGCUACCCCGAAACUGGUACCGAAAUAAGAUCUUUAUGGGAGCUGUGGUCAGAUCCUGUAUUCCUGAGUGCCGAGGAGCGGCGACGAUUGGACCGCGUGGAGCCAUUCGAUGAAUGGGAAGAGUUCGCUCUCUUCGCCUCACACUACUUCCUCCUUAAAGGAUCUAUCAUAUCGAGUCCGACAACGAGCAGUAGUCCGGACACUCCGCAGUAUCACUUCGGACCUGGAGAUAUCCUGCAGACGCACGAAUUGCUUGAGCCACACAACUUUCGGCGUUAUGCUGCUUCGAUACCUCCUCUGCUUACUGACGCUUCCGGCGAUUCCGUAGGACUCCAUGGCGGUCUCGGCACCCAGGAACGCCUUGACACGUGUAAUACGUAUUCUAGGUUUGAUGCCGUGCAACCGAUUCAAGGGCCGCCGUUACGGCAGGGUCUUAUGUGCCACGCUGUGACACGGCUUGGCAGUACUGCGAACUGUGUACUGACUGGUGGACGGACGUCACCCGAUAAGGCGAGUGCAGAGGCAUGGCUUAGACUGGAUGCCAAGUGGAGGAGAGUACAAGACCUUCCUUCGGGGCGAUAUCGACACAGCGCUGUUCCGUUGGUACUACCCACAGAUCCUCGGCCUGCGCAUACGGUCCUCCUGUUUGGGGGAAGAACGAGCGAUGGCCACGUUCUCGACGAGUGGCUCAUCUGGACUGGUGAGACGGGAUGGCAGACCGUGUCUGUACAAGGCGAGGAGCGACCAUCCGCCCGAUUCGGUGCCACAAUGAUCACAGAUAGCAGAGAAGGUGUCUCUGGUGUGUUGGUCGGCGGCAUGACAAGCGCAGGUCGCGUGCUAAACGACUUCUGGCAUUGGACCUUGGAGAGCGACAUGACCCUCAUCUGCAAGAACGUGACUGCUCGAGCCACAGCGUUCUUGAAAGCAGAUGCAGUCAUUCUUGGGCGUUUCGGAGCUCAGCUUGUGCGAUCAAAUCGAGGGAUCUUGAUGAUCGGAGGAAUUACAGGUGCAAGAAUGCUCACACGGCAAGAUGAGAUCCUCAACAUGAAGACUUUACGACCCCAACCAAUUCAAGGCCCUCGACCGCUCUUCAUCGGCCACACAGUAAUGGACGUAGAUGGCGGUCUCCUAGUCCUCGGCGGAGGAGCAACCUGCUUCUCAUUCGGCACAACCUGGAACCGAAGCUGUAUCCUCAACGACGCCCAACCCGGCGAAUUCGAAAUGGAAUGGCGCCUCCACUCCACCUUGGAAGGCGGCAAACCUACAGCAGAGCAAAGCAAAAUCUUCGUCGAGUCUCCUACAGACGGCGGAGCAGAGAGUAACGGCCACUGCGCCUCAGCCUCAAAAUUACCCCCUCCUAUGGCCAUCCACGAAAUGAAAAUCUCCCACGGCAUCAAUUUCCCACAAUACGUCGAAGCAGCUCGACCCCUCGUUCUCAGACGCUGUCAAAUCGGAACUUGCACGACGGCAUGGACGACCCAAUACCUCAAAGAAGCCAUAGGCGCGGAUCGCAAAGUCUCCGUUCACGCCGCCACGACGCAGAAUCUGGACUUUCAGAGCAAGAAUUUCCAAUACAUUACUUCAGAAUUCGGAGCUUUUCUGGAUGGCGUGGAGCGUGGAGAAAGGCUAUACCUACGAUCUCUGUCCCAAGACGCACCUUCCAAGAACCCUACAUGUCUGUCCGAGGACUUUCCGUCGAUUGCACAGGACUUCGAAUUACCGCAUGAACUGGAAUAUGUCACGCAGAAUCAACAUAGUUCUCCGCUGAGAAUUUCCGGGCCGGUGAAUAUGUGGUUGCAUUACGAUGUGAUGGCUAAUGUUUACUGUCAAGUUCGGGGCAGGAAGAGAUUGUUGCUCUUCCCUCCUUCCGAUGUCAGUCAGCUGGGUUUCGAGCCCGGAGCUUCGAGUUCAUCGGUUAAUGUAUUUGGAAAGGCUGAUGGGAAGGGGCCCGCGACAGAUCAUGCAGCUCUGGCAAACACGCAUCCCCAAGAAGCUGUUCUGGACCCGGGCGACAUCCUCUUCAUCCCGCCGAUGUGGGUACACACGACCGCUCCGACGGAGAGUUUGAGCAUUGCGGUCAAUGUCUUCUUCCGCAAUUUGUCGAAUGGCUAUGCGGCGGGUCGAGAUGUUUACGGAAACCGCGAUCUUGCUGCGUAUGAGAAAGGCAGGAAGGAUAUUGACAAGAUUGUGAAGAGUUUUGAUCAAUUGCCCCCGGAUGUCUCGGGCUUCUAUCUCGAGCGGCUUGCGAAUGAAAUGUUGGAGAAGGCGAAGAAUCUGAGUCGAAAUGCGAGUUUGCAUUCGGUAUAUGCGGAAUUGGGAGGGAGCUAGAAGAGGUGGAAGAUGGAUUUUGGUGCAGGGGAAGCUCGAAAGGUUGUGAAUGGCAAAAUAGCCAAGACACGUGUCCAUAUAUGCAUGUCGUGAGGUAGGCAUUGGUGAUGCCGGUUGUGAAUAGCUGCGAUGUUCGAGGUGUCAGUAGUUCGACAGUGAUAUGACGAUGCCGCAUGCAAUCGCGGCGGUCC